AUGAUCAACAAUAUCAACUACUCAGCAACCAGGUCAUUUUGCUCAAGUAUUGGUGUUGGAACAGGUAGUUGCAGUACACAUGGACACAGUCAUGGUCAUAGUCAUGGUCAUAGUCAUGGACACGUUCACAGCCCACCGCAACAACAAACAGAACAACAACAAAUACAGAUACAACAACAAGUCAGAAGAGAGCAGUUUAAAGAAUCAUUAAAGAGUGGCGCAAUACCAUCACUCAAUGAUUUCUUGAAGACUCAUGUGGACACUCAAUCACAGAUAGUGGAGCAACAAGAGCAUGAACCGGUAUACCCACCAUACCUCGACGCCGCCUCACAUCAGGAUGAAGGUCGCUCAGUCUUUGUCGAGUCAUACGGCUGCCAGAUGAACUUUGCAGACACGGAGAUCGUCUACUCUGUGAUGCGAGCGGCCGGCUACACCCUCGCCGAGUCAGCCAAGACGGCCGACAUUGUGUUCCUCAACACGUGUGCGAUACGUGAGAACGCCGAGGACAAGAUCUGGUUCAGGCUAUCCGAGCUGAGGAAGCAGAAGAAGCGACAAAAGACCGUGGUGGGUGUGCUUGGCUGCAUGGCCGAGCGCCUGAAGCAGAAGCUGCUCGAGUCGGACCGCCAGGUGGACCUGGUCGUCGGACCGGACGCCUAUCGCUCGCUGCCCGCCCUGCUCAGCAAGAUCGACGAGCAGGAGGGCCAGACAGCCAUCAACGUCAUCCUGUCCGCGGACGAGACCUACGCAGAUAUUGCACCGAUUCGAACAAACAGCAAUGGUGUGUCGGCCUACGUAUCAAUCAUGCGUGGCUGCAACAAUAUGUGCUCGUACUGCAUCGUACCAUUCACACGCGGUCGUGAGCGCAGUCGCUCAGUGGCCUCCAUUGUUGAGGAGGUGCGUCAACUGUCCCGCGAGGGAUACAAAGAGAUCACACUGCUUGGACAGAAUGUAAAUAGCUACAACUACACUGAUAGUGCCGAUGCCAUGGAUGGAGUUGGCGAGAAGAAACCAGAUGUCCUGCGGCCACGCGAUGGCUUCAACACGAUAUACAAGUCACCAAAGCGUGGCGUCACAUUCACCGAACUCAUUGAUCUAGUGUCCCAAGUCGACCCAGAGAUGAGGAUCAGGUUCACCAGUCCCCAUCCCAAGGACUUCCCAGACGAUCUCAUUGAACUGAUCAAGAGAAGACCAAACAUUUGUCAGGCAUUACAUAUACCGGCACAGAGCGGAAACAGUGAUGUGUUGGAGAGAAUGAGACGUGGAUACACAAGAGAGUCAUACUUGGCACUCAUCGAUAUGAUACGUAGGGAGCUACCAGGAUGCUCAAUCUCAUCUGACUUUAUAAGUGGAUUCUGUCAGGAGACUGACCAAGAACACCAAGACACCCUCUCAUUGAUGGACCUCGUCAAGUAUGAGAAUGCCUUCAUGUUCAUGUACUCACUUCGCGAGAAGACCCAUGCUCACAGAACAAUGAAGGAUGAUGUAACGGAUGAAGUCAAGACAAAGAGAUUGUCAGAGGUGAUUGAUAGAUUCUACGCCAACUUGAGAGAGAAGUCAAAGUUGGAGAUUGGAAGGAGACAUUUGGUGUUGAUCGAUGGUGUUAGUAGGAGGUCAUCAGAUCACUUUGUUGGACGUACAGAUACAAACAAGAAGGUGAUCAUACCUAAUGUGGAGGUGUCAUCACAGCAUGAUUCCAACGUGAUGGAGCAGAUCAAACCUGGCGAAUACAUAAUGGUCGAUAUUGUCGAUGGGUCGGACAUCACUCUGCAAGGUCGUCCACUCUCCAAGUCAAGCAUUGUUCACUUCCGCGAGCUCCAACAACAGGGUCAUCAGGUCAAUAAAGUUAGCGAGCUUUAUUGA